AUGUACCCCAGAAUGCACCUGUUCCAAAUGGGAAAAAUUAGACAACGUGAGGCAUGUAGGUCUUUUAAAGAGGGAUGGCGUUUUAACGAUUGCUAUAACUUUGUGGUUUCCAAAAACCAGGUUUUAUGUGAUAUCUUCAAAGAUAUGUCUGUGUAUAAAAGGUAUGAGUUUCCUUGUCCAGAUUGUUUCAGAAUACAGAAUAAUUCCGAAAGAAGAAGUAAUGAAAAAGAUGUACCAGAUUAUAACGAAGUUUUGAUUAUUGUUGGCCCCUGGAAUGAAAAUACGUUGUACUUUGAUACCAGUUUUGAUGUACCUGAUAAGGAAAUGGAAACUAUAGUCAAUAAGAACGGCGGUUAUGAUACAAUUAAGUCUAUUAUAUCCAAUGAAGCAUCACCUAAGCGUUCAUACCCCACCAAAACAAAAACUACACUUCGUUCAGACACACAUAAAUACACCAACUAUAAAGCUGAGCCAUUUUUUCAAGAUUUUGACUAUGAACUACCCCCUCUUGCCAUAACAACAGGUGUUUUGCAAACGGCAAAUUCAGUAAUAACUGAGUUAUGGUACAACUUUUAUAAAAGAUUAAAAUCGGUCGAGGGACCGAUUUUAAUCUUAGAGAUUACUGACAGCUCACAUCUAAGAAGGUUAAUUCUCAAUACCAAGGCGGUGUUUACGAAUGUUUUAGAACCAUUCCCCAUAGAUACUUCAUACAGAGAUACUUUAGAAAGAUUUCCAGAGUAUAAAUUUCCACGUGCAAAUAUAUACCGGUUUCGGUCGUAUCAAAGUUAUGAAGUUGAUGUAGAUUAUGGAAUAAUGGCUGCCUUCCAAAGACUUUACGAACUAGAGGUUGACAGUCACACAAGUGUAUGGAACUGCCUCCCCUGUGAUUCUUCAUUAUGUUUUUAUUUUGAAACGGAAAGUGAAAGAGUUGAUCCAGGUCUUUUCAUCCUUGAUUCCGCUCAUACUCCCGAGGAUGACCCCAAUGCCCCCCCAAACCGCUGCCAAAUUAGAAUUUUCUACUUUGCUGAAUUUAUAAAUUCAGCAAAAUUUUCGAGUAACUGUAUUUGUUUACCAUGA